CGCGGGCUGGGAGGAGCGGAGAGCAGCAGAAGAGCCCCCGAAGCACGACCCAACCCCGUCCACCGUGUAUGAGGCUGGGACGCAGUACGCAGGACCCGCGUCCGCAGAGACACCCCUUCCGAUGUCCCGGCAUGAGACUUCUCCGACAACGGUGCAACCCGCCAGCAACCACCGCCCCAACGCCUGCUGCUUCUGCUGGUGCUGCUGCUGCAGUUGCUCAUGGAACGAGGACCGGGAGCGAGCGUGGAGGGCGUCCCGGGAGACCAAACUGGAGACCAUCCCAAACUGUGAAGCGUGCGCCAAACCCACGCCGGAGGAGGUGCGGGGCUGGGCACAGUCCUUCGACAAGCUGAUGAAGAGCCCGGCAGGUCGCAACGUCUUCCGGGAGUUCUUGCGGACUGAGUACAGCGAGGAGAACAUGCUCUUCUGGCUAGCGUGCGAGGAGCUCAAAAACGAGUGCAACAAGCACACCAUCGACGAGAAGGCCAGGAUGAUCUACGAGGACUACAUCUCCAUCCUCUCGCCCAAGGAGGUGAGCCUGGACUCGCGGGUGCGGGAGGUCAUCAACCGGAAGAUGCAGGAGCCGUCCUCGCACACCUUCGACGACGCGCAGCUCCAGAUCUACACGCUCAUGCACAGAGACUCCUACCCUCGCUUCCUGAACUCUGCCAUAUACAAAUCGCUGCUCCAGAGCGUCUCCCGCUCCUCCUCGGAGUCCUAAGGGCGCCCACCAGCCACGGGGACGCCGGCGGGGACACA